AUGGCGCUGAACGAAGAUGAAGACGUUCCAAACCUAGAUGUCUGGAACAUCCACUUCAGCACGCACACCACUAAGGACAAAUUGACCACGGGAGGGUGGGUUCUCUACCUCCAGACGGCCUCUCAACAGUGGAUUCCCAGAAAAGCAGGAAGUCUCUACUUUGGGCUAACAAACCCACCGACGGACGCCGCAGCACGAACGCUGAACCAAGGGUUGACAGAGCUCAAUGUGAUGACUACCCCGGGCUCGACGUAUCUCCGCAUUGAUAGUCGUAACAAGAAACUACAAGUGCAGCUCCAACAAGUCAAGGCUGACAUUCAAGCAACGGGCCCAGUAGCCGCGCUCUCCAAGGACUUGAACGCGAUUUCCUCAGUGCAGUGGGGUUCGUCUGCUGGUACUGCGCUCCGAGCGGCUAAGUUGAUGGCAAAAACAAGCACUACAACCAUCUACGAUACCCACAGCACAUGA